GAUUGGCGAGGCUCCCCGGCUGCCCAAGCCAGCCACCUACGACGUCUCUGAGAACUGAUUUGAAAUAAGAGCCAGGCGGCCCUCGCUUCCCCGGGACCGACUUUCCAUAGGCUGGGGAGAGAAGGUUGAGAAACUUGACAUUGUCUCCGGCAGAGUGCGUGUAGCAACAGAUCAAAGAAAAAGGGGACGAAAACGUGCUCUUUGCUGCCCAUAGACUUCCUCCGGUUGCUUUUGUCUUGCGGGCUUCUGUUGGGUUUGGUGUUUCCGCUCCGAAGACGCAGCUUGGGCUUCGAUGCAGCUCACUCCCUGCCGGAUGGGUCAUGGAAUUCUAAACAUGAGGCAGAUAGCUGAUCAGCUUCCUUGGAUUUUGCUGAUGACACAGGAGAGCUUUGCCUGAAGAUGGAAACACUGGAGUCGGAGCUGACCUGCCCUAUUUGUCUGGAGCUCUUUGAGGAUCCUCUCCUGCUGCCCUGUGCACACAGCCUCUGCUUCAACUGUGCCCACCGCAUCCUAGUGUCACACUGUGCCACCAACGAGUCUGUAGAGUCCAUCACCGCCUUCCAGUGCCCCACCUGCCGGCAUGUCAUCACGCUCAGCCAGCGAGGUCUAGACGGGCUCAAGCGCAACGUCACCCUGCAGAACAUCAUUGACAGGUUCCAGAAAGCGUCAGUGAGCGGACCCAACUCCCCCAGUGAGACCCGCCGGGAGCGGGCCUUUGACACCAACACCAUGACCUCUGCCGAGAAGGUCCUCUGCCAGUUUUGUGACCAGGAUCCUGCUCAGGAUGCUGUGAAAACCUGUGUCACUUGUGAAGUGUCCUACUGCGAUGAGUGCCUAAAAGCCACUCACCCGAACAAGAAGCCCUUUACAGGCCAUCGUCUGAUUGAGCCAAUUCCGGACUCACAUAUCCGAGGGCUGAUGUGCUUGGAGCACGAGGAUGAGAAGGUGAAUAUGUACUGCGUGACAGAUGACCAGUUAAUCUGUGCCUUGUGUAAACUGGUUGGGCGGCACCGAGAUCAUCAGGUGGCAGCUUUGAGCGAGCGCUAUGACAAAUUGAAGCAAAACUUAGAGAGUAACCUCACCAACCUGAUUAAGAGGAAUACAGAACUAGAGACCCUUUUGGCUAAACUCAUUCAAACAUGCCAACAUGUUGAGGUCAAUGCAUCACGUCAAGAAGCCAAAUUGACAGAGGAAUGUGAUCUUCUCAUUGAGAUCAUUCAGCAAAGACGACAAAUUAUUGGAACCAAGAUCAAAGAAGGGAAGGUGAUGAGGCUUCGCAAACUGGCUCAGCAAAUCGCAAACUGCAAGCAGUGCAUCGAGCGCUCAGCAUCGCUCAUAUCCCAAGCGGAACACUCUCUGAAGGAGAAUGAUCAUGCCCGUUUCCUACAGACUGCUAAGAAUAUCACUGAGAGGGUCUCCAUGGCAACUGCAUCCUCCCAGGUCCUAAUUCCUGAAAUCAACCUUAAUGACACAUUUGACACUUUUGCCUUAGAUUUCUCCCGAGAGAAGAAAUUGCUAGAAUGUCUGGAUUACCUUACAGCUCCCAACCCUCCCACAAUUAGAGAAGAGCUCUGCACAGCUUCAUAUGACACCAUCACUGUGCACUGGACCUCCGAUGAUGAAUUCAGUGUGGUCUCCUAUGAGCUCCAGUACACCAUAUUCACCGGACAAGCCAACGUCAUUAGUCUGUGUAACUCAGCUGAUAGCUGGAUGAUCGUGCCCAACAUCAAGCAGAACCAUUACACAGUACACGGUCUGCAGAGUGGCACCAAGUAUAUCUUCAUGGUCAAGGCCAUCAACCAGGCAGGCAGCCGCAGCAGCGAGCCUGGGAAGUUGAAGACAAACAGCCAACCAUUUAAACUGGACCCCAAAUCUGCUCAUCGAAAACUGAAGGUGUCCCACGAUAACUUGACAGUGGAACGUGAUGAGUCAUCUUCCAAAAAGAGUCACACACCUGAACGCUUUACCAGCCAAGGGAGCUAUGGAGUAGCUGGAAAUGUGUUUAUUGAUAGUGGCCGGCAUUAUUGGGAAGUGGUCAUAAGUGGAAGCACAUGGUAUGCCAUUGGCCUUGCUUAUAAAUCGGCCCCAAAGCAUGAGUGGAUUGGGAAGAACUCUGCCUCCUGGGCACUCUGCCGCUGCAACAAUAACUGGGUGGUGAGACACAACAGCAAGGAAAUCCCUAUCGAACCAGCCCCUCACCUGCGGCGUGUUGGCAUCCUGCUGGACUAUGACAACGGCUCUGUUGCCUUUUAUGAUGCUUUGAACUCCAUCCACCUCUACACCUUUGAGGUCGCCUUCACACAGCCCGUGUGCCCCACCUUCACUGUGUGGAACAAGUGUUUGACGAUUAUAACUGGGCUUCCUAUCCCAGACCAUUUGGACUGCACAGAGCAGCUUCCAUGAGCAUCUGGCCACAUGGAGCUGCUUUCUGGGAAAUAGAAAGGUUGAGGCCACUAGUUAGGAGACUGAGAAAGCAUAGGCUUCAAGAGUGUGGUUAAAUGUCACCAAAAAGUGUCCAGAAAUUGGCUAAGAUAGGGCUCAAAAUGGGAGAUUCCUCUCCUUUUACUGUGUUAAGAACAGGCUUUAAUAAUUUCUUUAAUUUUUUUUUCUAUUUAGGAAAAUCUAUAGAUUAUUUAUAAGAGAAACAUAAUCAGGAUUACAACUUUAGGAACUAUUUGGUUUUGCACAUGAAGAGGCCCAUAAGUUUGCCAGCUAUUUACAACCUUUAUUUCAUCACCAUCUAUGGGCUUGCAUUAAAAAAAAAAAAAUCUUUUGUAGUUUUAUAUGUUUAUUCACCUGAACACAUAGUAUCUCAAAUGUGUACUCACCCCAUGGUAGGUCUUAUCAUCUCAACAGUACAUAACAGAAUAUAUGUGAACCUAGUAGGGAAAUAAAUGGGCUUUCCUACUCUGGUUUAAUUUGGAAUGUUUUAACUGUGAUGUCAAAAAUGGGAGAGCAAGAGAGAGAACAAAAUAAUUGCUUUGGAACUCAGACCUUGCCAUGGCUAAAUCUUUACUUUCCCUCUGAUGGUUAGUGGGAUAAUGUUGGAAAGAAAGGUUCUGAAACCUUUGGCCAGAUUUUUUCCUGCUUCUUCCAGGAUUAAGGAUUCUGGGAGAACAUUAAGAAAGAAUGAGAUUGCAAUUGAAAAUAGUCAUUUUGAAUCCUAUUGAUUAUUCAAAACUUUAGGCUGAUUUGUGUUUUAUCAGAAGUAGGAAUCCGUUUCAUGGCAUAAAAAUCUAUCUUAUCCUUUAAUAGUUCUUUUAGGCCUGUGAAAUUUCUUCACUACAUUUAAUCUAUUUCCUCCCCCUUCCACAUAACAAUUUUCCUUUUGUCUCUGAGGCAAUAUGUUCUGUCACAAAAUGUAGCACCAUUUUGGAUUGAGUUUUAUACUCUGGAACAUUGGCACAUGGCCCCGAUCAUCAAUACCACAUCAAAUAUGUCACCAAAAACACUUACUAUUUAUGAGUUAGUAAUGACAAGGGACAUUGCAUAAAGUUCCAAUCACUAGGUACAUGCCUCAGAUAUUACAAACAGACCUUUAUUAAACAUAUCUUUAAAGAUGUAGAUGUCCCUCCAUAGUCUAGUCUAGUUUACAAUAGAGUUGUAAGACCAAAAA